AUGGAGUUUGAAGUUUGGAUUAAAAGCACCGUAACUCAAGCGUCAAUAGACUUCAAUGACCAGACGGUUCCGUUGCCGUUAACGAUCAAAUGCACUGACGGGAACGUCGUCAAUGACAUCACGGGAACGUUCAACGUCAACAUUGUUGACGCGCCCCCGCUGAUUACCGUACUACCCUUAAUCGGAAGUGCCAUCGACGACGGUCUGCAGGCGGCCGCGACUCUCCAGACAUUCAGCGUCACCGACAGCGACGACGUUGUCACGUGCUCCAUCAGAGCGCCGGAAGACGCCCGUUUUGAAGUGGUAGCCGGCACUAGCCCAGCGUUUAAUAUCCGCGUGAAAGCAGGAGUAACACUAGCUGCUGUUAAUACGCCUUACGUCAUGAACGUGGACUGCACAGAUAACGAUAACACUGUCAGUUCCACGUUUACUCAGCCCGUCCUUGAUAAGUAUGAGUCACCGGAUCAUUAA